AUGUUACAUGCUAUUUACAGCCUGCAGUUUUGGUUACAAGACAGAUUUAAUACAAUAGCGCUUUUAGUUUCUUCGCAUUGGAGGACAAAUGCGACAAUUGGCUUACGUUAUCCACUCCAAACUCUUCAAAUUCUCACCCCUACAGCAAAUCCUUCACACCCACCAAUGGCGACCUCUAUUUCUGCUCUCACUUCAUCCUUAUCCUCCCUCUCAUUUUCCUCCCAAAUUUCUCAAAAGCCUGUAUUUCAAUCCCUUUCCUUCCCUUACUCAAAAUCUCUCCCUUUCAAAACCCCCAACCUCACCAUCGCCGCCACCGCCGCCGUGGAAACGGCCGAUUUGAAGACACUAGUGAAGUCUCGACUUCCGGGUGGUUUCGCGGCGCAGAAUAUCAUCGGCACGGGACGAAGGAAAAGUGCAAUUGCACGAGUUGUUCUCCAAGAAGGCUCUGGGAAAAUUAUCAUUAACUACCGCGAUGCCAAUGAAUAUCUUCAAGGCAAUCCCCUCUGGCUGCAGUAUGUUAAGACUCCAUUGAUGACUUUAGGCUACGAGAGUAGCUAUGAUGUUUUUGUCAAGGCACAAGGUGGAGGACUUUCUGGGCAGGCUCAAGCAAUUUCCCUUGGAAUUGCUCGAGCUUUGCUAAAGAAAGCGCCCUCAAUUCUCAAAACGUUAAGCUAUGCAAUGCGAAAUCAUCAUCAGAAUUGUUACAGAUGUUCCUAUGGUGUAGAAUUGGUGAAGUCAUAA